AUGCCUUCUUCUUCUUCUUCUUCUUCUUCAUAUGUUAAUCUUCACAAAUGGGCAGAAUCAGAUGCUGAGUUUGUCAAAUCAUUAUAUUCUGCUGGUUUCAGUAACAAACAAGUAGUAGUAGACAGCUUCUCAUGCCGGCAGCUCUAUCUCAGAAGCUAUACCUUUUCAAAGAAAGAGACGAUGCCAGAAAAGACUAUCAAGUGCUUUGGAAGUUUCAAGAGAAAAGCCAUUGAUCACCUCGCUUGCUUUCUUAAUGAAACCAGUGAUGGCAACGGAAGUUUUAGCAGUGGAAAGGAGUAUAAGAGGAAAAUUAUUCUGAAGAAGAAGAAGAAGUGUUCAGUCUUCUUUAUUUUUCACAGGCUGCUUUCUUGUAAAGGUAGCUUUGAUUUCUUUGUUGGCCGUCCUCAUGGGGCUGUGGUUCAUGCUUUGUAA